UAUGAAAUCUAUAGCAAUUCUUCUAUUGAUUCUUGCCUUGACAAAUGCAACAAACAUGAGAGAACAUAAGAAAUAAAAAGAAACUAAAAAUAUUAAAAAUAUGGUUGAACUUGAGUAAUGAUAUAUAUAUUAUAAUCUAGUUCUAAAUUUGUGGGAGAUGCAUAAGAUUUAAGUGGAAAUGUAGGAGUCAUUUCAGUAACAGAAUAAACAAACAAUGAUUUUGUUAGGUAGAACAACAUAAAGAAAGCUGAAACAAAAGAAAGAAAUGCCGUAUUAAAUGCAAUUAAAAAAUCUGAAUCACACAAAUCAUUUAUUUAACUUAAUGAUAAUGAAAUAUAUGUAGAGGAAACUUUGGAUCAAACUCCAAAGAAGGAAAUUAACUUUGCAGAUUUAUUCACAAAUGAUGGUUCAUCACCAGAUAUGGGAUAAUAAGCAUUAAUAGAAGAUUCUCCAAGUGCUCCUAUGGCUCAAUUACCUUAAGAUGAAAAUAUGGAUUAUGUGAGAGCUAUUGAUAAAUUUGAUUUAUUAGAUGAGAAUGGUUAACCAUUAUAAUUAUUGCCUGAAGAAUAAUCACUUUUAGAAAUGAAAUAAUUUGAAAGCAGAUUUUAAUAAGAUGAAAGUCCAUAAAUGGAUGCAGCACCAACAUGGGAUUUAGAAAAAGCAUAUGAAAAGACUCCAGGAUAAAGUGAAUUAUCACCAGAAGAAUUAUAAAGAUAAACUGAUUAGAUGGUUGAUAGUUUGAAAGGAGAAUUGGAAGAUGAAAAUAUUUGAUC